UCUGUGUGUGGAAGUGGAGGAAUCUUCUGGAAGUUCCUCGAUGCUUAUAUACCCUCCUAGAACAACCCUAAUUACCAAACGCACACUUCUACCAUAUACAUUACUGACUAUACACCAACACCUUAUCCACGCAGGGCAUACAAAACCUUCAGACCCCCGCAAAAACCCUAAUCCCUCCAAACUCCAUUCUUGAAGGUUCUAUUUCCUGAUAGAAGAAAAAUGGCAUCGGCAAAUGCUCUCUCUACCGCUUCAAUCCUCUCUUCUCCCAGACAAGGGGAUUUGAGGAGAAGGAAGGUGAACCAGCUGCAGAAGGUGAAUUACAGGCCAUCAAGCAGCCGAUUUGUAGUGAGAGCUGCUGCGAAGGAAAUUGCCUUUGACCAGAACUCCAGGGCGGCACUUCAAGCUGGUAUUGACAAGCUUGCCGAUGCUGUUGGUCUUACUCUUGGCCCUAGAGGAAGGAAUGUGGUUCUGGAUGAGUUUGGGACUCCAAAGGUGGUUAAUGAUGGUGUCACAAUUGCUCGAGCAAUAGAGUUACCAGAUGCUAUGGAAAAUGCUGGUGCUGCUCUCAUCAGGGAGGUUGCAAGCAAAACCAAUGAUUCUGCUGGUGAUGGGACAACAACUGCAUCAAUUCUUGCUCGUGAAAUUAUCAAAUUUGGUCUACUGAAUGUUACCUCGGGUGCAAAUCCAGUUUCCAUAAAGAAAGGGAUUGAGAAAACCGUGCAGGCUUUGGUUGAAGAGCUUGAGAAGAAAUCCAGGCCUGUCAAAGGUGGCGAUGAUAUUAAAGCCAUUGCUACCAUCUCUGCUGGGAAUGAUGAAAUUAUUGGUACCAUGAUUGCUGAUGCAAUCGACAAAGUCGGACCUGAUGGUGUUCUCUCCAUUGAGUCAUCCUCCUCCUUUGAGACAACUGUUGAUGUGGAAGAAGGAAUGGAGAUUGAUAGAGGAUAUAUCUCUCCCCAAUUCGUCACCAAUCCUGAGAAAUUAAUUGUUGAAUUUGAGAAUGCAAGGGUGUUGGUCACAGAUCAGAAGAUAUCAGCAAUAAAAGACAUAAUUCCCUUGCUGGAGAAGACCACUCAAUUGCGAGCCCCUCUUCUCAUUAUUGCUGAAGAUAUCACUGGGGAGGCUUUGGCUACUCUUGUGGUGAAUAAGCUGCGCGGUAUUCUGAAUGUUGCUGCUAUCAAAGCACCUGGUUUUGGUGAGAGGAGAAAGGCUCUCCUUCAAGAUAUUGCCAUAUUGACAGGAGCCGAGUACCAAGCCAGUGAUUUGGGAAUGCUUAUUGAAAAUACCUCAGUUGAGCAGCUUGGUUUGGCCAGAAAAGUGACCGUCACCAAGGGUUCCACAACCAUCAUUGCUGAUGCUGCAACAAAGGAUGAGAUUCAGGCUAGGAUUGCACAGAUUAAAAAGGAAUUGUCAGAGACAGAUUCUGUUUAUGACUCUGAGAAGCUAGCUGAGCGAAUUGCCAAAUUGUCUGGCGGUGUUGCUGUUAUAAAGGUAGGGGCUGCAACCGAAACUGAGCUUGAGGACCGUAAGCUUCGAAUUGAAGAUGCCAAGAAUGCAACUUUUGCUGCCAUAGAGGAAGGGAUUGUUCCUGGUGGUGGUGCUGCAUUGGUUCACCUUUCAACUCAUGUUCCUGCUAUUAAGGACAAGCUUGAAGAUGCAGAUGAGCGGUUAGGCGCUGACAUUGUGCAGAAGGCACUGGUGGCUCCAACAUCUUUGAUAGCCCAAAAUGCUGGGAUUGAAGGAGAGGUGGUCGUUGAGAGGUUGAAGGAUAGUGACUGGGAAAUCGGUUACAAUGCCAUGACAGACAAGUAUGAGAACCUGGUGGAAGCUGGAGUUAUCGACCCAGCCAAAGUGACGAGAUGUGCAUUGCAGAAUGCUGCCUCAGUUGCAGGAAUGGUCCUUACCACACAGGCCAUUGUUGUCGAGAAGCCCAAGCCCAAGACACCUGUGGUUGCUCCCCCACAGGGUCUUACUGUAUAAUCACCAGAACCUAGUAUCUUUACAACAGAUGAUCAAGGAAAGAGGAGACCCAACCAUGGAAUAUAUUCCCAUAUUUUUUGGGUAAGUAGCAUGAGAUAGUCUUUGUUGGGUUGAGAUUGAGUGGCCUUUUUUCUGUACGGAUCUUAAGUAUUUGACAAUGUUUGCCUUCAUUUAACCAAAGAAUAUCUCCACUGUUUUGUUCCGUCACAAGUCCGAAUAAUGUUGUAGGGCCUGCUACAUGCACUCUGGUUGAAGUGUUCAAAUUUACUACGGUUUCGAUUUGGUUUUGAUUUGCUCGAAGUUUAUUUGGAUUCAAAUUAAUCAAAAUCUAAGGGCAGGGUUAUUCUCA